AUGAGGAAACGUAGAAGCCUAUCCAAGUCGAAGAGGAACUUCUCUUCUCACCUCAGGCUGAGCUACCUUCUUCUGAAGGUUCGCGGUCCCUCAUUGGCCACAGCAGCAGACGAUAUCCUCACCCUGCGAGGACACCCAGCUGUGCCUUCACCGACCAACUCGCCACGCAUCUGCCAAUGUGAAGCUCACCGUUCAUCAUCUGUUGCAAUGCAAUAA